UAUAGAUAUACCAAUAAUAUAAAUACACAUAGCUUGAGCAUGCAAUUUUACAUACCUUCUCACAAAAAGCCUUUUGGUACCUUAAGCAUGAGGGCUAAAGCUACAAGCAUGCAACUUUUUGUAAUAUUACUCGUGGUUUGGCUAAUAAAAGCCCAAAUCUUGGAGACCUAUGGAUGCCUCGGUGUAGAGCGUGAGGCGCUUCUCGCAUUCAAGUCCGGUGUCAUCGAUCCACGAAACUGCUUGUCUUCUUGGGAAGGCUCUGACUGCUGCAGAUGGAAAGGAGUUCGGUGCAACAACGAGACUCGCAGAGUGGAGAAGCUCAAACUCAGAUUCCCUUGUCCAGCUUCCUUAGACGCAAACUACAUAGGUUUCGGUGGUGAGGUCAAUCCAUCAUUGCUAUCUUUAAGCCACUUGAAGCACUUAGAUCUCAGCAUGAAUAACUUUAGUACCGGUUUCCCUAAUUUCAUAGCUUCGUAUAAGAAGUUGAGAUAUCUUGACCUCUCUUAUGCGGGUUUUACUGGAGCGAUACCUCCAGAAUUCGGAAACUUGUCAACUCUUCGUUAUCUUGACCUUAGUAAUAUUGAUGCUAAACUUAGUACUACCUCUCAUGGCAAACUAUCGUGGAUCAAAGGUCUCCAUUCUUUAAGGUACCUUGACUUGACCUCUGUGUUGCUACAAAAUGCGAAUGAUUGGUUGCAAGGAGUAAGCAUGUUGUCUUCAUUGCAAGUGCUCCGCUUAGGGUUGUGUUCUCUUCCAAGCAAUCCUGACCCCAUUUCCAAUUUUAACUUAACAAGUUUGACCAUACUUGAUCUCCAAGACAACUUGUUCAACUCCACUUGGCCCGGUUGGCUUCGGAACUUCACUAGUUUGACUGAUCUAAAUCUCUUAAAUAACAAUCUCUUUGGCCCUAUUCCUGUCGAGCUAAACAAUUUUACUCGGAUUACUUCCCUCUUGCUAGGAUCCAACAACUUCGACGGUCAAGUAGCCGAUUCAAUCAAUAAUCUUUGCAGAUUGGCCACUUUAGAUUUGUCUGGAAUUAAUAUUGAUAGAGAUAUAGUCGAAUUCCUGUCAAUAUUCUCGUGUGUCCCACUUAACAAUUGGCGAGCGCUGGAUUUAAAGAAAACAAAUAUCAGGGGUAAUUUGUCUGGCUGGCUCGAACAAAUGACGAGUCUUAUAUAUCUAGAUGUCAGCAAUAACUUCUUUAAUGGUUCGAUACCUGAAGGGAUACAAAAAUUGUCCAAUCUUUAUUUUCUUGACCUUUCCGAAAAUUUGUUUCGGGGGGUUGUGCAUGAAACGCACCUUAUGAACUUCACGAAAUUGGAGGUGCUGAGGUUGAGUGGAACAUCUCUUGAUUUGAAGGUGGACGAUAAUUGGGUUCCUCCUUUUCAAGCGAACGAAUUAGUUUUGAGCUCAUGUCGAUUGGGUCCACGAUUUCCAAGAUGGCUACGGUUGCAGACAGAAAUCUUCGUCCUAGAUUUGUCAAACAACGAUAUCACAGGAGCUAUUCCUAAUUGGUUUUGGGACCUAACUUCUCCCAUAGUAUUCUUGGACCUUUCUAAUAACCAAAUUAGUGGCAUGCUGCUAUCCUCUUUGGAAAACAUGACAUCUUUACGUGCGUUAAAUUUUGCUUCUAACUUUUUAGAAGGAUUCCUACCAUUUCUGCCACAUUCUUUGGAAUGGCUUGAUUUCUCGAGCAAUAUGUUUUCUGGAUCAUUUCCACAGUCUUUCUUCAAGCCAAAUAUGCUCACCAUUCAUCUCUCGAACAACUCCAUCAGUGGUAACAUUCCAUCAUCUAUAUGCAACUUGCAAAAUUUGUACAUACUCGACAUGUCAAACAACAAAAUAUUUGGUGAGCUACCAAAUUGCUGGAAUAGUGGAUCAAAACAACUGAUGGAUAUAAACUUAUCCAAUAACAAUCUGUCUGGACUUCUUCCCGAUUCAUUGGGUUUAUUAAGUUCUCUUUUGUUCUUGCACCUAAACAAUAACAGCUUAUAUGGAGAACUUCCUUCGGCAUUACAAAAUUGUCCAUUACUAUUACUUGAUCUCGGGCAAAACAAGUUAUCGCGUGAGAUUCCUGUGUGGCUAGGAAAGUUAACAAAUCUUACAAUUCUUCGGCUGAUGUCAAAUAUGUUUGCCGGCAACAUUCCUGCAGAGCUCGGACAACUUGAGAAUCUUCAAAUCUUGGAUCUUUCUUGGAACAAUUUAGCAGGAAACAUACCUCAAUCUUUUGGUAAUUUCCAUGCAAUGGCUUCAACCAAGUUGCCUGGAUAUAUAAAUGAACCACUUGUUACUCUCUAUGUUGACUUUAUAAGGCCAACAAGCUUCGAAACUUCAUUCACAUCCGAUGUGUCUCAAAGCUAUACUGACCAAAGAUUAUACAUUGCAACAAAAGGGUCAAAUCUUCAAUUUUCCAAGAAUCUGUUCUUCGAGAAGAGCAUAGACCUCUCAGGAAGGAUUCCAUCUGGAGAUCAAAUGCAGACACUGGUUGAUCCUACUAUAUAUGCUGGCAAUCCCUUUCUUUGCGGUCCCCCCAUUUCAAAGAAUUGCUCUGGAUAUGAACCAACAUAUACUCCUGAUGAGAAGAAACACAGUGGUGGCUCGAAGAAUAUAGAAAUUUAUCUUGGUAUGGGAUUGGGAUUUUUGGUGGGGCUUUGGGUUGUUUAUGGUAUCUUGCUCUUCAAAUCUAGCUGGAGAAAUACUUACUUCUACAUGAUCGAUAAGAUGUAUUAUAGAUUUUUUGCUGGCAACUGAGAGGCGCUAAGAUUAUAUAUAAUAGAAGUUGAAGAAUUUUGUAUAAAUAAACACUAGUAUAUGUAUUCUAUUGCGUGCUAGUGGAAAUGGAUUUUGAAGCUUUUGUUCUCAUAAA